GAAGUGAGACUAGUUGUGUUUUGUUGUUGACACAUGCAUUCGUGUCGAUCAUUUUUGGCCGUAGAAGUUGUUGUCACGUUGUCUUAGAGCAAUUCUGAAACAUGACAGUGCUCUUGGACAGUAACAAACGAGUGAAAUAACCCAGAACAAGUCCCUUUGCCGCGAGAUGCAAAAUCAUCUCUUCUAACACUAGCAAUUGCAAACGCCGUGAUGGCAAGCAGAGAAAAACGUGUCAAAUUUGUGGUCGUUGGUGGUGGGAUUGCUGGAGUUACCUGCGCUGAGCAGCUCUCCUCCCAGUUCACGUCGGACAGUGUGGCACUUCUGACAGCUGCACCUUUAGUGAAGACAGUCACCAACUUCAAACAGGUAUCCAAGGUCUUAGAGGAUUUCGAUGUGGAGGAACAGCCUUCCACUGUACUGGAGGAAAAAUACCCUAACCUCAAGGUCAUCCAGUCUGCAGUGAAAAGCCUGAAAGCCAAAGAACACACACUACUCACGGAGGAUGGACAGAGCAUCAGCUAUGACAAGCUGUGCGUGUGCAGCGGGGCUAAACCCAAACUCCUAACCCAGAGCAACCCUCACGUCUUGGGCAUACGGGACACAGACAGUGCCCAGGAGUUCCAGAAGCGUUUGUCCACAGCCAGACGUAUCGUUGUGGUGGGGAAUGGAGGCAUCGCCUUGGAGCUAGUGUAUGAGGUGGAGGGCUGUGAGGUGGUGUGGGCAGUGAAGGAUAAGGCCAUAGGGAACACCUUCUUUGAUGCGGGAGCGGCCCAGUUUCUCAUCCCCACUCUGGACCAGGACAAGCCAGAGAAGGCCCUGCCCUGCAAGAGGGCACGAUACACUACGGAACCAGCUACAGAUGGGGCUGGCAGGAGCGUGGCAUCUAGAGAGAGGGGCAGUGCCCUGGGUCCCGACUGGCACGAGGGGAUCAGCCUCAGAGGGGCACAGAAGGUCUCCCAUAAAGUGACUUUGGAGUACCAGUGUGGAGUAGAGAGCAUCAGCAGCCAGAAGGACAGCUCACACACGCCCCCUGCUGGACACAACACAGAGGAAGGUACGUGGCCGGUCUAUGUAAAGCUCACCAAUGGCAAGACCUACGGCUGUGACUUCAUCGUCAGCGCUACGGGGGUGGUCCCAAAUGCUGAACCUUUUCUCCCCGGCAACAACUUUGCUCUGUCGCCUGAUGGGGGCCUGCUGGUGGACGAUCACAUGCGUACGUCAGAGCCGGACGUGUUUGCUGCGGGGGACGUGUGCAGCACAGAAUGGGAAGCCAGCCCGCUCUGGCAACAGAUGCGUCUGUGGACCCAGGCUCGUCAGAUGGGCUGGUACGCUGGCCGCUGCAUAGCUGCGGAGGUUCUGGACGAACCCAUUGAACUGGACUUCUGCUUCGAGCUCUUCUCUCAUAUCACCAAGUUCUUCAAUUACAAGGUGGUCCUGCUGGGUAAGUUCAACGCUCAGGGCCUUGGCGAGAACCACGAGCUGCUGCUGCGAUGCACCAAGGGGAUGGAGUACAUCAAGGUGGUCCUGAGUGAGGGUAGGAUGAUGGGAGCCCUGCUCAUCGGAGAAACGGACCUGGAGGAGACCUUCGAGAACCUCAUUCUCAACCAGAUGGAUCUCUCUGCGUAUGGAGAACAUUUGCUGGAUCCAGACAUAGACAUUGAGGACUACUUUGAUUGAUUGCAGUGUGCGUUGUGUGUUUGGUGAUUGUAUGAUUGAUUGUGCGUGAUGAUUGACUGAAGCUAUGUACAGAACACUCAUUAUGUACAAAUACAGGAAAUCUAUUUAUAGAGUAUA